AUGUCGGCAGAACAAUUGAAUUCGACAAUGGACCUCGAGUCUAAUAAUAGCGAACACAGCUUUCUUAUGAACGAUACCGUCCACAGCUUCACAUGGAAGGGCGUCACAGUCAAUGUCAAAGAUCGCCAGACAAAACAAAAGAAAAGCAUUCUCUCCAAUACCUCUGGGCAUGUGAAUCAAGCAGCCUUGGGGCCGCAACCGUUGAAGGAGACAUCUUACUCGAUUUCGAAGAAGGAGCGCUUACACCGUAUUAAGAGUCUUCUCAACGCCUUUGGAAUUCAGAAUCAAGCCAAGACUCUGAUCGGAACUCCGAUCCAAAAAGGUAUCAGCGGUGGCCAGAAACGGCGUGUCAGCGUUGCCAGCCAGCUUAUCACCCGGCCAAAGAUUCUAUUCUUAGAUGAACCUACUAGCGGGUUGGAUUCCACUGCUAGUUUUGAGGUUAUGUCAUUCAUCAAAGACCUUGCCGUCAAAAAUAAGGUGCGCGGUUUCGAAUCAGUGCCCAUUGGAGCAAAGCUAAUGACCUUUCAGCUCAUCGUCAUCGCAAGCAUUCAUCAACCGUCAACCGCUACCUUUGAAACGUUUGAUAAGCUCCUUAUCCUCUCAACUGGAAAGACAUGUUACUUUGGACCAGGGACACAAAUGAAAUCAUACUUUGAUGGCAUUGGGCAUCCCAUGCCUCUCCAGACGAAUCCUGCCGAAUUCGUUCUAGAUCUAGUCAACACGGAUUUUGCGAAUGAUAACGCCGCCGCUCAGACGCGCCUCGGCCAGAUUCACGAAUCCUGGGAUAAUUCUGUGGAAUCUUCGCACGUCGACGCCGAGAUAGCUUCCCAAGUUGGCGCUUCUGAGAAAUCUGAACGUAUCUCAGCCCCCAAAACCCGGAAAUCCAAUUUUCUGAUGACUAUCCUUACAUUGCUUCAUCGGUCGUUUAUCAAGAGCUACCGCGAUAUUGUGGCGUAUGGCAUUCGGAUCGUUAUGUAUCUUGGAUUGGCCAUCAUGAUGGGAACUGUAUGGCUGCGAUUGGGAAGUCAUCAAGAAAAUAUUCAGCCCUUCAUCAAUGCUUUGUUCUUCAGCUCUGCCUUCAUGUCGUUCAUGGCAGUCGCAUACGUCCCUUCGUUCCUCGAGGACAGAUCAACAUUCAUCAAGGAGAGAGCCAACGGCCUUUAUGGCGCGACAUCCUUUGUCAUUUCGAACUUUAUCAUCGGAAUUCCAUUUUUGUUCCUUAUCACCCUGCUCUUCUCUAUCGUCGCGUACUGGCUCGUGAACUUUCGCGGUGGCGCAGAGGCAUUUUUCACUUUUGUGAUGUGGCUUUUCCUCGACCUUCUCGCCGCUGAAUCACUCGUAGUUUUGAUGUCCUCUCUAUUUCCCAAUUUCGUCAUCGCUCUCGCUCUCACCGCCUUUGCCAACGGCCUCUGGAUGAGCGUUGGCGGCUUUCUCGUCUCGCCAACUAUUCUCAAUGUGUUCUGGAAGUACGUCUUCCACUACAUUGACUACCAGGCGUACGUGUUCCAAGGGAUGAUGGUGAACGAGUUUGCCGAACGAACAUACGACUGUGGAUCGGGAUGCCACUGCAUGUUUCCCAGCGAGCUGUCGGAUCAGUGCAAGAUUGCUGGGACUGGUGUUCUCAAUGAGUAUGGUUACAAAACUGGACGGGAAGGGAAGUGGGCAGGCAUUUUGAUUGGUAUCAUCGCCGUCUAUCGCUUGUUCGGAUGGGCAUUGUUGAUGCUGAGGAAAAAGUAG